GACCAAUCAAACACAGUCUGGUCUUUGAAGAGAGGAGAACUAUCAGUAUUCCUUCAUUCAGCACGACAACUUGGACAUGAUGACGUCUGCAAAGUUUGCUUUCUAUCUGACAUGUUUGUUCUUGGGAGAGAUGGCUCAGGUGACUGAAGUGAAAUUGCUCUCAUCUGUUCAUCAGGAGAGUGGUUUUUUAUCAGUUAAAGCAGGAGACAAGUUGACCCUACAAUGUUUCUAUGAAGGCGAUUCUUCAACAUGGCUUUACUGGUUUAAGCAAACUCUGGGACAGCAACCAAGGCUUAUCUCUUCCUUCUACAUGUAUGGUAAAAAUGCCACUUUAUAUGGUGAAUUCAAGAACAAUCAACGCUUCACACUGGAUACUGGAAAUCGUAAAAAUCACUUGAAGAUCUCAGAUUUCCAAAUUUCAGACUCAGCGACUUAUUACUGCGCAAAGCAUAAUUCAUAUGAAUUAGAAUUUGCGGAGGGCGCUACUGUCAGUGUAGACUUUGAAGAUGAGGUUGACUCUCCUGUCUUGGUGUAUUUCUUGAGUGGAGCUUUGGCAUUCACCACCAUCCUGGUUGUUUUACUGACUGUCUCAAUGUACAAGAUGAACAAGAGAAACAGCUGCCAAUCUUCAGAUUCUCAAGCAAGAUUACCAGCUUCCUCCGAGGCAAAUGCAGAGGGUCACAGAGACGCUGACAACCUCCAUUACGCUGCUUUAAGUGUCAACCUGCCCAACAGAUCAAGAAGACCGAGGAACAGCACCAAUAAUGAAUGUGUUUACUCUAGUGUGAAUCAGUCAGCAUCUGAGAGCAUCCAGCCAGGAGGCUCUGUGGCUCUGAACUGUACAGUACACACUGGCACCUGUGAUGGAGAACACAGUGUUUACUGGUUCAAAACCUCUGAAGAAUCUCAUCCAGGACUCAUUUACACCCAUGGAGGCAGGAAUGAUCAGUGUGAGAGGAAACCCAACAACCAAACACACACCUGUGUCUACAACUUGCCAAUGCAGAGCCUGGAUCUUUCUCAUGCUGGGACCUACUACUGUGCUGUUGCCUCAUGUGGACACAUACUGUUUGGAGACGGGACCAAGCUGGACUUUGAAGAUGAGGCUGACUUGGUGUAUUUCUGGAGAGGAGCGUCUGCAUUCACCACCAUCCUGGUUGUUUUACUGGCUUUCUCAGUGUGCAUGAUGAACAAGGGAAACAGCUGCCAAUCUUCAGCUCAGACAACUAAUCAGAAAUUCUCCUCGGCUGUUCAUCAAGAGAAAAGUUUUGUAUCCGCUCAAACUGGGGACAACUUAACUUUGAAAUGUUUCUAUGAAGGUGAUGUUGCAACAAAGUUUCACUGGUAUAAACAAAUUCUGGGACAGAAACCAAGGCUCAUCUCUACUUACUACAAGUACAGUGAAAAGGGAACUUUUAAUGGUGAAUUCAUGAACAAUCCGCGCUUCACUCUGGAUACUGAAAUAGGUAAAAAUCACUUGAAAAUAACAGAUCUACAGCUUUCAGACUCAGGUACUUACCUCUGCAUAAGCAGUAAUUCACUAAUGUUUGAGUUUACGGAAAUCAUUAUUGUCAGUGUAGAGCGUUCAGAUUGGAAGAUCCCAGCUUCGGUCCAUCAGUCAGCAUCUGAGAGCAUCCAGCCAGGAGGCUCUGUGACUCUGAACUGUACAGUACACACUGGGACCUGUGAUGGAGAACACAGUGUUUACUGGUUCAAAACCUCUGAAGAAUCUCAUCCAGGACUCAUUUACACCCAUGGAGGCAGUAAUGAUCAGUGUGAGGGGAAACCCAACAACCAAACACACACCUGUGUCUACAACUUGCCAAUGCAGAGCCUGGAUCUUUCUCAUGCUGGGACCUACUACUGUGCUGUUGCCUCAUGUGGACACAUACUGUUUGGAGACGGGACCAAGCUGGACUUUGAAGAUAAUGAAGACUCGCUUGUCUUGCUGUAUUUCUUGAGCGGAGCUUUGACAUUCACCACCAUCCUGAGUGUUUUACUGGCUUCCUUAAUGUGUGUCAUCAACAAGAGAAACAACAGAAAAUGUCCAGAGUCUAAUGCAAGAUUUUCUGCUCCUUCCACAACAAAUGCCGAGGGGGACCAACAUGAGGAAGACAUCCAUUACGCAGCUUUAAGCGAAGUCAAGGGCAACAGAUCUAGAAGGCAAAGGAACAACGGCGAGAAUGAAUGUGUGUACUCAAGUAUAAAGCCGUAGAGCUGUACGUUUUCUAUUUGUUUCUGAGUAAGACUAAAAAAAGCUUAUAAGAGUUUCUUUGCAAGCCCAUAAGACACUGAAGUCAUAUUGUCCUCUGUACAAAUCAAAUGUAUUUAGCUAGCUACUAUGGUUGUGUUAGGUUGGAUUGCAUUAUAUUAAAAAGAAAAACGUUUUAAAUUCGUCCACCAAGGUAACUUUUUAGCAGAUCAAAUAGCUAAGGAAGUUUUGAAGAAAGGCUUUGGAACAAGUGUAUUUCAAAGAGAAUGGUAUGGAUGCACGUUGGCUGACAGUAUGUGACAGGCAAACCGACACUGCGUUUGAUAAAGGGAGAGAGGAAACGAGAAAGCGGCACAGAGGAGGUGCAGGGGAGAAAAAACAGGGAUUAUGAUAGUAAUAUGUCCUUCAAUCCAUAUGUAACUUAAAGCUUGCAUGUUCUGGGUUUUAGAGAAACCGAGUAUCAUCGUACAUAAAUUGGCUUCAGCAUUUAAAGACUCUGAAAACAACCAGCUUUAAGAUGAGAUCUGUGUUAUUCUCAGUGGUUUAAAGUGGGCGGGGCUUAGUCGGAAAAACAUUAUUUAGCAUAUUUCUGUCCACCAAUCAGAAUGUUGCUAUAUUUGAACCAGAACUUCAUUGUUGCUAAGGUUGUUCCUUAUUUUGUCAGGCCACUGUCAAUCAAAUCUGUACUAACCACACUAGCACAGUCCUGAGACUGAGAUCAGCUGAUGUCACUCUUAAUAAAUAAUACCUAAGGAUGUUAUUUUCUGAGCUUUAACUUUGCUUGUUGCUAAUAAAUGAAUUUUAUAAUCAAA